GUCUCUUUUGCUUAUUUCUUUUUUUAAAUCCUUCCUGCCCCACUAUGACCAUUCGCAAGCUGGAAGGCGAAAGCUCCAAGCUCUUCCAGCCGCUGGACAUCAGCAAUGGCAAAAUCAAGCUUAGCCAUCGCGUAGUCCAUGCGCCAAUGACCCGCAAUCGAGGCGUCCCUGUGAACGCCACCAGUACCCCUGAGAAUCCCAAUCGGACUUGGUAUCCGGGGGAUCUCAUGGUUGAGUACUAUCGGCAGCGGGCGACCCCCGGCGGGCUGAUCAUUUCGGAAGGUAUUCCGCCUUCACUCGAGAGUAAUGGAAUGCCCGGGGUGCCCGGUCUGUUUACCGAAGAGCAGAUCGCUGGCUGGAAAAGAGUGGUGGAUGCAGUCCGUGAGCAAGGGGGUUACAUCUUCGCUCAACUGUGGCAUGCAGGCCGUGCCACCAUCCCCCAAAUGACUGGAUCCCCAGCGGUCUCCGCCUCGGCUACGGUCUGGGAUUCGCCGACGGAGUGUUAUUCUCAUCCCCCCGUGGGAUCGACAGAGCCUGUCCGCUAUGCGGACCACCCGCCGAUCGCAUUAACUGUCCCACACAUCAAACAGACCAUCCAAGACUAUUGUAAAGCCGCUGAAUGGGCCAUGAAGAUUGGCUUUGAUGGUGUCGAGCUCCACGGUGGAAACGGAUACCUUCCUGAGCAAUUUUUGAGUUCCAAUAUUAACAAACGUACGGAUGAGUACGGUGGGUCGCCAGAAAAGCGAUGCAAGUUCGUCCUCGAGUUGAUGGAGGAAUUGGCAAAGACCGUGGGUGAGGAGAACUUGGCCAUUCGUCUUUCACCAUUCGGAUUGUUCAACCAAGCGCGCGGCGAGCAGCGUGUGGAAACCUGGACCUUCCUGUGUCAGACCUUGAAGCAGGCCCACCCCAAGCUGUCGUAUGUCAGCUUCAUUGAACCUCGCUACGAACAAAUCUUCAGCUAUGAAGAGAAAGAUAAGUUCCUGGGCAGCUGGGGUCUCCUCGACGUAGACCUCACGAGCUUCCGCAAGAUCUUCGGCGACACCCCCUUCUUCUCGGGCGGUGGCUGGAACCAGACCAACUCCUGGGGAGUCUUGGAAGAGGAACGCUAUGAUGCCCUGCUAUACGGCCGGUACUUCACCAGUAACCCGGAUCUGGUGCAGCGGUUAAAGAAGGGUAUCCCCUUCAAGCCGUACGAGCGUAGCCGGUUCUACGGGCCGUUUGAGGAUAACGCUGUGUGCUAUGUUGACUAUCCCUCUGCGGAAGCUCAGUAA